GAUGGGUAGACAUCCGCGGAACUCGGAAAGACUCCUAAUUGUUAUCUGUGUGGGAUCGGAUCGGACCGCUAACCCGAGUGUGUGUUGGGGCCUUGCGGAUGAGGUGCGGCGUGUUAAUUGGGUACUUAAGGUGAACAAAUCGGCGGGUCUUGCUCUUCUUUCUUUCUUUCUCUUUCUCUUUCUCUUUCCGUUAACAACAAGAACAAGUUUAAACUGAAAUGAGUACGACGCAGGUGGAUACAGCGGUUCUAGGCCAGAUUCUAGCGCAGCUGGAGUCGUUACAGAUGACUCAGCAGGCGAUGCAGGUUAAGUUGGAUAAUCUCAGCGUUAGUACACCGUUGUCGCCUCCUCCUGUUGAGGCCAAGACCCUUCCCAGUGUUAAUGGAGUCAACGGAGCCAAUGGAAGCAGCAGCAGCACCAACCUCUCCCGCGAGAAAUCUUUGUACCCAGGUCGAGUUCUCCUAACAACCUACCCCUCCCAACACUCCAUAACCCCCUACCCCCUCAAAUGGGGUGCCCCCACCCCUCUCCUCCGCGGCCCCAUCAUCUGCUCCCGCCUCCCCUCCUCUCUCCCCUUCCGCAACGCCCUCGGUGCGCACAGCGGGAGCUACUCCAUCUACCGCGCUCUCAGCAUCGCCAUGGGCACCCUCGACCCCAACUACAAACCCGAGUACGGGCUGACCGAGCCCCCCGUCGAGAUCCGCGAAAACCCCGCGUGGCACGACGGGCAGAAGAUCGUGAGUAUGGACCCGUGGGGACAUUUGGUGCCCCAGGUUUUUGAGAGGGAGGGGAGGGAAGGGGGGAAGGGAGGGGAGGGGCUGGAUAUACGCCCGUCGAUAUCGGUGACCAAGGCGCAUAUUAAGUUGAAGGAGAUUGACGAGGCGGUUAAACGUGGUGAGAUUGUUAUUGAUGGGAAGAUUGUGCUGGGGAGCGAGCCGUUGAGGAGGGAAGAUGGGAGUUUGGUGGAAGGGAUUGAUGCUGGGGUGGAGGUCAACGUGUCCAAGGCGGCGGUAGACCCCAUUUGGUAUUUACCCGGUGUGGCGGAGAGGUUUGGCAUCGCAGAGUCGUUGUUGCGCCGCGCAUUGUUCGAGGAUACAGGAGGGAUGUAUCCAGAGUUGAUCACCAGGCCGGAUAUUAAUGUGUUUUUGCCCCCCAUUGGGGGGUUAACGGUGUAUAUUUUUGGUAACCCCGCACAUAUCCACGACCCCUCUCGAAUGAUAACCGUGCGCGUGCACGACGAAUGCAACGGCUCCGACGUCUUCGGCUCCGACAUCUGCACAUGCAAACCCUACCUCACCUACGCCAUGGAAGAAUGCAUCCGCACCGCCCAAGGCCGACACCCCGACCAAAUCACCGCCGCCCGCCAAGCCGCCUCCCCAACCAACCCAAACCCAUCUACCCCUCCUAUCGAACACGGGGAACCCGGCGUCGGCGUCGUCGUGUACUUCCGCAAAGAAGGCCGUGCCCUGGGUGAAGUAACCAAAUACCUCGUCUACAACCUCCGCAAACGCACCGGCGACUCCGCCUCCUCCUACUUCCGCUCCACCGAGCUCGUCGCCGGGGUCAAAGACAUGCGGUUCCAAGCACUCAUGCCGGAUGUCCUCCACUGGCUCGGGAUCACCCGCAUCGAUAAUAUGGUGAGCAUGAGCGAUAUGAAGUACGACGCGAUUGUGGGGAGUGGGAUUGAGAUUCGGAAGAGGUAUGAUAUUCCGGGGUAUUUGAUUCCCCCGGAUUCGAGGGUGGAGAUUGAUGCGAAGAUUGCGAGUGGGUAUUUCACGAAGGGGAAGAGGGUUACGCAGGAGGAGUUGAAGAAUACGGUGGGGAGGGCGUGGGAGGAGGUGGAGCAUUGAUACUUCCGAGUCGUUCGUUGCUUCGUUUCUCCUACCCAAAAAAUAUUUCUUUUUCCAUACUCAAUUGUAACUACUAUACAAUAAUCAACUUUUCCUCCUUCCUCCUUCAUUCCUAAAAAAUCAAUCUAAUCUGUCCGUAACCCUUUCAUUCUAUACAAUGAUUAAUCGGAAUGAGUUUCUGUCUUGUCUUCAUUUCUAAAAAAAACAAUCUAAUCUGUCCGGUACCUUUUCC